UACUCUGAGAAAAAUAAUUUAAAAUGUCAGACAAAAAGAGAACUUAUUGUGUCAAAACCCUUAUGUGAAAUUUAUAGACUGCUGUAUCUUGGCCAAAUUUACCCAGUUGAAGUGAAGAUCUUACAGCAGAGCAUGAGGAGGAGGAAGUGAGUGUGGUUAAGUGGUAAAGACUAUAUAGUCUCACUGCAUUUCUUACUUCAUGAGAGAGUGAGCGCAUCCAUUGAUGAAGACCGGUGAUGAAGUGCUGUACUUACAGUGUGCUGCUAAUCUUGUCUGUUGUGCUCUGCGCUCAAUCCAGGGUCAAAUGUUCUUCAGUGGACACUUUUAAUAUGAUGAUUAACAACACAACAAAUAGCAUAAAUUUGUCCUGGGAGAGGCCAGAUCAAAAUAAAAGUAAGCUGUGUUACAAGACCCAUGUGCAGUACAGGAGCCACUGUGACACUUCCUGGAAGAAUUAUUCUGAGAUUCCAGGCUUCUCCUUUGAGCUGCCUGCUCCAGAUAUGAAGAAGAAUUAUGCUUUCAGACUAAGGAUGAGGCUAGAAUGUACCCAAAAGAGCUGGGGAGAAUGGAGUCCAGUAAAGAACUGGGGAAGUGACACACAUAAAGCACCCUGCAUAACAAAGACCUCAUCAUUUACUGUAAAGGAUUAUCUGUUGAUAACGAUGCUACCACUGACAGGUUUCAUGCUUGUCUAUGCAUUAACACAUGACCGGGUAAGAAGACUUGUCCUUCCUAUAAUUCCAGAUCCAAAGCAUACCCAAGAGAGAAUUUUAAACAUUGAACAGAUUCAGUGGUGGAGCAACUUUGCACAAACUUGUGAAGACUGCAAGAUAUCAGAAAUAAAGAUCUGUGACAGGGAGGAGGAGAAGACUGAUAUCACUCUCAUCAAGAGUGAUCUUGAUGAACAACCCCCUCACACUCAUCCUACUCAUGCGGUUCCUGGAAAGCAAGGUUUUCAGCUUGCCACAAAUAACAGCAUGUACUGCAUUUACUCUUCAGAUACAUCUGAGGACAACAUUGUUGCACAGUGUACAGCUAUCAGACCAGGCUACAUCAUUAUUUAAACACUGACUUUGCUUAAUUAAGCAUGGAUGAAGGAGAGAAAGAGUGAACAAAUGUGCCACGAUGCUACUGUGCAAUUGUCUUAAGUUUGUCUACCUAUUAAAUACUUUAUAGAUAUGUUUGUACAUAAACCUGCAUAUUUCAUGACUGAUCUACCAGGCUGCCAAACCUUUUUUUUUUCUUUUAACCCAAACACUUUUAUUCUUUACCAGUGAGUAUUUAAACAAACCCAAGCCAGUGAGUUGUCUUGUGCCCGUGUGCAAUAUUACAGCUGGGCAAAAGAGGGCACUCUUACUAUUCUGACGAGUUUGAAGAUGGUUGAGGUGUAUCAAAGGCAGCGAGGAACACACUCAUCAUCAUCACAGCUCACCCUAAAAGGAGGAUAUAGGUUAAUUUGAAUGCUGAUUUAAAAGAUUAAUGUAGCUGCCUGCAUAAUAGAUGUGUAGUUUUAGUGUGAUGGCAUCAAAAAGCCAGGGCAGGAAGGAUCUGCUUCUGCAGUGUGCUCCUUGCCUUGACUGAUGAGGAAGGAGAGCAGGAAAGUAAACACGAGCAGGACAGGAUAUUCAAAGACUCAUUAAGAGACACAUAUAAUGUUAAUGACUCCGGUUUGUGUUUAAGCCUUCACAGGUUGACCCAUGUUUAUAUCGCAUGUUGUCAGUUUAGUAUUUCUCUUCAUGCACACAGAGCAGACAUGGUGCAGGCAAGAUGAU